AGUGGGAAGGACAGGACCCCACUCACUCCCUCUUAGGGUGGCCUGUGCCUGCUUGGUGCCUGGUGUGACGUCUCUCAGGAUGCCUGAGCCGGGGAAGAAGCCAGUCUCAGCUUUCAGCAAGAAGCCACGGUCAGUGGAAGUGGCAGCAGGUGGCCCUGCCGUGUUCGAGGCCGAGACAGAGCGGGCAGGAGUGAAGGUGCGCUGGCAGCACAGAGGCAGCGACAUCAGUGCCAGUGACAAGUACAUCCUGGCUGCAGAGGGCACACGACACACACUGACAGUGCGGGAGGUGGGACCUGCUGACCAAGGGGCCUACGCAGUCAUUGCUGGCUCCUCCAAGGUCAAGUUCGAACUCAAGGUCAUAGAAGCAGAGAAGGCAGAGGCCAUGCUGGCCCCUGCCCCUUCCCCUGCUGAGGGCACUCAAGCCCCUGGAGAAGCCCCGGCCCCAGCUGCUGAGCUGGGAGGAAGUGCCCCAAGUCCUGAAGGGUCAAGCUCAGCAGCUCCCAGCGGCACCACCCCUGAAGCCCCCGAUGACCCCAUUGGACUUUUCGUGAUGCGGCCACAGGAUGGCGAGGUGACUGUGGGUGGCAGUAUCACCUUCUCAGCCCGCGUGGCUGGGGCCAGCCUCCUGAAGCCACCCGUGGUCAAGUGGUUCAAGGGCAAGUGGGUGGACCUGAGCAGCAAGGUGGGCCAGCACCUGCAGCUGCAUGACAGCUACGACCGCGCCAGCAAGGUCUAUCUGUUUGAGCUGCACAUCACCGACGCCCAACCUGCCUCCGCUGGCGGCUACCGCUGUGAGGUGUCCACCAAGGACAAAUUCGACUGCUCCAAUUUCAACCUCACUGUCCACGAGGCCAUGGGCCCCGGAGACCUGGACCUCCUAUCAGCCUUCCGCCGCACGAGCCUGGCUGGAGGUGGUCGUCGGAUCAGUGACAGCCACGAGGAUGCUGGGAUUCUGGAUUUCAGCUCACUGCUGAAGAAGAGCAGCAGCUUCAGGGCCUCGAGGGACUCAAAGCUAGAGGCACCAGCAGAGGAGGACGUAUGGGAGAUCCUGCGGCAGGCACCCCCAUCUGAGUAUGAGCGCAUCGCCUUCCAGUACGGCGUCACUGACCUGCGUGGCAUGCUGAAGAGGCUCAAGGGCAUGAGGCGAGAUGAGAAGAAGAGCACAGCCUUUCAGAAGAAGCUGGAGCCGGCCUAUCAGGUGAGCAAAGGCCACAAGAUCCGGCUGACCGUGGAGCUGGCCGACCCCGACGCUGAGGUCAAGUGGCUCAAGAAUGGUCAGGAGAUCCAGAUGAGUGGCAGGUGCAGCCCAGGGUCGGGGGGUCUGGGGCGGAGGUGGGGAUCCCCACAACCUCACCUCCUGCCCAUCUCCACACACGUGUCUAUGACUCUGUGGCUCUCAGCUCAUCUCUCUGGGUCUGAUUUCCUGUCCUCUUGCUCUUGCCCCUCCCUCCCCCUCUCUCCUUUUGUCUCGGGCUCACUUCCUCCUGUUGGGAACGCUCCAAUGACCCCUUCUGUUCCACAGCAAGUACAUCUUCGAGUCCAUCGGUGCCAAGCGCACCCUGACCAUCAGCCAGUGCUCGCUGGCAGACGAUGCAGCUUACCAGUGCAUGGUGGGUGGGGAGAAGUGCAGCACAGAGCUCUUUGUCAAAGGCUGAAGGAUGGGGUGGAGCUGACCCGGGAGGAGACCUUCAAAUACCGGUUCAAGAAGGAUGGGCGGAGACACCACCUAAUCAUCAAUGAAGCCACGCUGGAGGACGCGGGGCACUACGCGCUGCGCACCAGCGGGGGCCAGGCGCUGGCUGAGCUCAUCGUGCAGGAGAAGAAGCUGGAGGUGUACCAGAGCAUCGCAGACCUGACGGUGGGUGCAAAGGACCAGGCCGUGUUCAAGUGCGAGGUCUCAGAUGAGAACGUGCGGGGUGUGUGGCUGAAGAAUGGGAAGGAGCUGGUGCCCAACAGCCGAAUAAAGGUGUCCCAUAUUGGGCGGGUCCACAAACUGACCAUUGACGACGUCACACCUGCUGACGAGGCUGACUACAGCUUUGUGCCCGAGGGCUUCGCCUGCAACCUGUCGGCCAAGCUCCACUUCAUGGAGGUCAAGAUUGACUUCGUACCUAGGCAGGAACCACCCAAGAUCCACCUGGACUGCCCAGGCCGCGUACCAGACACCAUCGUGGUUGUAGCUGGAAAUAAGCUACGUCUGGACGUCCCUAUCUCUGGGGACCCUGCCCCCACCGUGAUCUGGCAGAAGGCCGUCACGCAGGGGAAUAAGGCCUCAGCCAGGCCAGCCUCAGAUGCCCCAGAGGAUGCAGCUGACAGUAACGAGUGGGUGUUUGACAAGAAGCUGCUGUGUGAGACCGAGGGCCGGGUCCGUGUGGAGACCACCAAGGACCGAAGCAUCUUCACAGUCGAGGGGGCAGAGAAGGAAGAUGAGGGCAUCUACACAGUCACUGUGAAGAACCCUGUGGGCGAGGACCAGGUCAACCUUACAGUCAAGGUCAUCGACGUGCCAGACGCUCCUGCGGCCCCCAAGAUCAGCAACGUGGGCGAGGACUCCUGCAUGGUGCAGUGGGAGCCACCUGCCUAUGAUGGCGGGCAGCCUGUCCUGGGCUACAUCCUGGAGCGCAAGAAGAAGAAGAGCUACCGGUGGAUGCGGCUGAACUUCGACCUGAUUCGGGAGCUGAGCCACGAGGCGCGGCGCAUGAUCGAGGGUGUGGUGUACGAGACGCGUGUCUACGCAGUCAAUGCCAUCGGCAUGUCCAGGCCCAGCCCUGCCUCCCAGCCCUUCAUGCCUAUCGGUCCACCCAGCGAACCCACCCACCUGGCAGUAGAGGACGUCUCGGACACCACAGUCUCCCUCAAGUGGCGGCCCCCGGAGCGCGUGGGAGCAGGAGGCCUGGACGGCUACAGCGUGGAGUACUGCCUGGAGGGCUGCUCAGAGUGGGUGGCUGCCCUGCAGGGGCUGACGGAGCGCACGUCCAUGCUGGUGAAGGACCUGCCCACAGGGGCCCGGCUGCUCUUCCGAGUGCGGGCACACAAUAUGGCGGGGUCUGGAGCCCCUGUUACCACGACGGAGCCGGUGACGGUGCAGGAGAUCCUGCAACGGCCACGGCUUCAACUGCCCAGGCACCUGCGCCAGACCAUUCAGAAGAAGGUUGGGGAGCCUGUGAACCUCCUCAUCCCUUUUCAGGGCAAGCCCCGGCCUCAGGUGACCUGGACCAAAGAGGGGCAGCCCCUGGUAGGCGAGGAGGUGAGUGUCCGAAACAGCCCUACGGACACCAUCCUGUUCAUCCGGGCUGCUCGCCGCGUGCAUUCAGGCACUUACCAGGUGACAGUACGCAUUGAGAACAUGGAGGACAAGGCCACGCUGGUGCUGCAGGUUGUCGACAAGCCAAGUCCUCCCCAGGACCUCCAGGUCACUGAGGCCUGGGGUCUUAAUGUGGCUCUGGAGUGGAAGCCACCCCAAGAUGAUGGCAACACGGAGCUCUGGGGCUACACGGUGCAGAAAGCCGACAAGAAGACCAUGGAAUGGUUCACGGUCUUGGAGCAUUACCGCCGCACCCACUGCGUGGUGCCAGAGCUCAUCAUCGGCAAUGGCUACUACUUCCGCGUCUUCAGCCAGAAUACUGUUGGUUCCAGUGACAGAGCGGCCACCACCAAGGAGCCCGUCUUUAUCCCCAGACCAGGCAUCACCUAUGAGCCACCUAACUACAAGGCCCUGGACUUCUCCGAGGCCCCAAGCUUCACCCAGCCCCUGAUGAACCGCUCGGUCAUUGCAGGCUACAACACUAUGCUCUGCUGCGCUGUCCGGGGUAGCCCCAAGCCCAAGAUUUCCUGGUUCAAGAAUGGCCUGGACCUGGGAGAAGAUGCCCGCUUCCGCAUGUUCAGCAAGCAGGGAGUGCUGACCCUGGAGAUUAGAAAGCCCUGCCCCUUUGACGGGGGCAUCUAUGUCUGCAGGGCCACCAACUUACAGGGCGAGGCACAGUGUGAGUGCCGCCUGGAGGUGCGAGUGCCUCAGUGACCAGGCUGGCUCCGAGGAUGGCCAGGUACAACUGAUGCCAGCCCCGUGCCAGGAGCCUGGAGGGAAGUUGGGGAAACCCCUCUCUGCUGUUGGAUGCGUGUGUGACAAGUGUGUCUCCUGGGCUGCAGUGGGGGAUCAGCAGGGCAGUUGUGUUGGGUGGGCCUGGGUAGGUGUUGCAGACUGGUCCACAGGGCUCCUGACAGAAGCUCCUGGAUCUUUGGAGUGAAAUGGGGGUGGCCUCAAGAAACAGCGUCUGGGGACCUAUCUUUCUGGCCUGCCAUAUCUUCCCAAUGUAUACCAGGCAAUAAAAAAUUAGUGGUCAUAGAGAA